GCGUGGGGAGAGGUUCUACAGGUGGUCGCAAGUGACUGUGGGGUUGGUGCUUGCAAUAGGAGCGUGCUGAGGUUGAAAAGAUUCUGGAAACAAUUGUGAACACUCAGAAGUUAUUAUGACCAGGGCAACGAUGCUAACAGUCUGGUUUCGAAUGAUGAAGUCUACUGCAGGAUUCUUACUUAUGAUGGCAGCAGAAGCCCUUUCAAGUCCACAUGGUUUAGCUCAUCCUGGUUGUGAAGAAGACCAUGAAUGCUCAGAAAAUAUGUUCUGCUAUAAAAUGAGAAGUUGUGUUGAUUGUUAUAACUGUGCAUUAUACUACAGGAAACCAAAUGCAAAGAAGAUAUGUGCAAGGGAACCUAGUGAAUGUGGAGAGUGCAUUGAUGGCUAUGAAGCAGAGAUUCUAACAAAUGGCAAUGAGAGGGAUUACUGCAGGAUUAUGGAAAAGCCUGCUUCUGAACUGAUACCUGGUACUGCACCAUCAGUGGAUUAUACAACAAUGCUUAUCAUAGGUGGUGUUAUUGUUACAAUUGUGGUGAUAGUUGCUGGUUAUCUCAUACAUAGAUGGAGGAAAAUGAGGUACAGAGGUGCUGAUCAAGCAGUUCAAAACAUGCAAGAAACACUCAAUGCUGGGUCUGGAAAUGGCAUGUCACCACUGUUGGGAAAUACAAAUGGAUGGAAGCCUUCUCUUGGAGAGCAGAUACCAUGCAACAGACCAUCUGCACCACCACAACCUCCUCCAUAUGAAAACACUCUGCCACCUCUUCGAGAUGAGGCUACAUUUGUUGUGGAACGAACGGUUAAAUGUAAAGAGGCCGUUUGCUUCAGAGAACCCGGUUUACAAAUAUCAAGUUUCCCGGACGAGGGACAAGAUGACCAAUCCACAGAUGGCUCUGAUACUGAUGCUAUUUUUCAUCCUGAUAUUAAUAUUGAGAGUGGGUAUCCAUCAGCAUUUCAUGAUGAUGACACUUUACCAGCGUCAGCAGAUGGAACUGACGAGAUAGUUGAACAGUCGGAGAUGAAUUUGCAACCAAAUGCAGAGGCUCCAUCCUUCCUUGGAGUUUUGAUGAAUGUUGGAGUUAACAACAGUGGUGGUAGUGAAGCAUGUGAUCUGAAUGAUUCGGGGCUGUCACAAGCUUCAAGCAAUGUUUCAGUUAGUUCCUUAUCAGCUGAAGAAGAAGAAGAGCUAAAAUUUGAUACUCCUAAUAGAUCUGAAACACACCAUGCAGAUGGCUGUAGACAAGAACACCAUGCUAUGAAGAGGAGUGGGUGGCAACGAGAAGAAAUAACAACGUUAGAUGCAGCAGAUGUCACCUUGAAUGGUGCAUUGCUCCGCAUUGCAGUUCCUAACAGUGACACUGAAGCACUACAAGCUGGUGACUCAAGUGUAUCACAGGCUUCAAGUAGUGCAUCAAUUAGUUCAAAUACUGCUGUUCCACGUAGUUUCUCUGAUGGACCUCUAGUCAAGAGGCGAAAAUUUGACUCAGGGAAUUCAAGUACAGCUGAAGAUCUUCAGGAAGAUGAAGAGACAUGCAGAUCACAGGAGAGUCCCAGAAUUAAUGUUCAAGCAGUCACUGUUUUGAAUGUACAAAAUGUGGUAAAUUAUAAUAUUCAAAAUAUUUCUAAUACUCCUUGAAGUGGAAAACUUCUAAUAAGUCAUUUGUGAUAUUUUUUUGUAGAUUUGACUGAAUUACACUUCUGUUUUAUUAUUCUUUAAUGUUUCCUUUAUUUUAAGUAAGCGUGUUAGUGAUCUUGAGAUGCUCUGUAUUUUAAAUUAUUUUGCAAACAUAUUGGCUUUGAAAAGGAAUUCCAUCUAAAGAUGCAUCCAAAUUUUUCUAGUUCUGGACACAGUAGUAGCAUCAAAAAGAUUAUUUGAUGAAUUUGGCCUAUUCACUAAAUAGUUGUCAUAAUUAUUUAUAGAAACUAUGAUUUACAGCAGUGAGAGUGUCAAAAUUAAGAUAAGGUGCUACUCAUAAAUUAAUUACUGGGCAUUAAAACUAAAAGGCUCAAGUUAGCAUAAAGAAAUAUUGAGUUGACUAAUCAUUGAUACAAAAAUUAUUUUAAAUGAGUUAAUUGAUCAACUCUUGCAUGCAUUGAUGUAAUGUUGGUUCUUAAUUUUUGGCCAGUACUCUCUCUCUUUUGGUAUUUGAUGACAAAGGUGUUACCACAUAAUCUGUUUCAUGACAACACCUGUGUGGAUGGAUUUAUGCUCAGUAGCUGUGGUUAUAUUAGUAUUGUUAGCUACAUUUUAUUUGCAAUUGUACAUACUUGCCUCUCUGUAUCAUGAACGGUACUGGUAGCUGUAAGGAUUUUGUGUUAUCAGUAGAUGACAGAAUACAUUCUGCCCUUCAGUAAGUUGUCAGUGUCUCUCUUGUGUAAUAUAUUUCUUGAUUUGUAUUACAGAAUGCUAUUUCAUAUAUAUAUUAAUUAAUCUCAAAAGAUUAUAUUACAAAAGACUGCUAAAUAAUUGUUAGGUGCAGGUUGUACUUCUCAGUACCCAAAAGUUCUUCCCAAACUAGUAGGUAUUUAUCUUUGUACAUUACUAUUAUGAGGCAAUUCUUUAAAGUUGGUGCAAUAUGUUUUGUCUUAUUUUCUAUUGUAAAAUUAUAAACAGACAGAAUGAUUGGGCAGUAGAAGCAUUCAGGAAGCAAUUGCGAAUUACCAUUGACUGACACAUUUUAAAGUAGAAAAUCUUUCAUCUCACUCAAUCUUGCAGCAGGUGGGUCCUUAUCAUUUGGUCAUAUUGAUGUGCUGCUCCUUUCCAUAUUUCCACAAUCUAUUCUUCUUGCCACCCAGAAGAAGGAACUAACAAUUACAAAAACUAAGUACAGUUCUUCAAUGUCUUAAUGUAUCUCUCAACAGUACUUGGAAUUUAGCUUUCUGAAGGUAUUUAUUAUCUAAUCAUUCUGUCUUCCUGUAAUUUUACAAUUAUCUCAAGUGAAUUUUUGUUUUGUUAUUUAUUACUGUAACAUACUGAUGGGAAGGA